AUGACGGAAGGAAUUCAAAUUACAAUUCCAGACUUUGACGAUGAUAACCUGAACGCUGGCCCAACGCCUUUUGGGCGGUCCGGUUUUGGUUUUGGAGGUGGCUACAGCGUGCCGAACUCAGCACUCGAUUCACCAGGCGCAGGCGGUUCUGCGACACCGCUUGGCGGCUUCGGGGAGCGAAGUUUCUUCUCCCAUACAAGAGGAGACUCCUCUGCUUCAAUAGAAUCUACGGGCUCAGCGACAACUCGCUACACCACCAGGCCGAAUACACCCUUCGCACAUUCCUCCCAGUCAUCCAUUGCGACAACCAGUACAGCUUUUAGCAAGAAACCCUCCUUUGCUUCUAUACGCAAUGCUUUUAAAAGUGGAAUAAAAAGCAGCGAGCCCCCACCCGUUCCUCAACUUGAUCACACGCCAUAUCCCGUGCUAAAAAACCCAUUCAACCGAUCCACUUCUUCCCUGAACCAGCCGACAAAUAGAAGUACUAUCAGCCCGUUUGGCCAGCGGCCUCCCACACCCGGGGCUGCUGAGUCAAAGGGUGGCCGCUCUAGGCCAAAGGGUCACGCUCACGCCAAAUCACAGCAUUCUCAUACUGGGUCAAUAUUCAACGCGUCUGAAGGCGGUAGUGACCUUGGACAUGGGUUCCCUUCCACGCCUCCCCCGGUUCCUCGUGUUCCGCAUGCGUUUGGCAACCUGCAUCGGAGUGACACGCCUCCCACAUCCGAUUUUGAGGAAGACAAGGUAGUGAUGGAUCCAAAGACUCCCUCUGACUAUGCACUUCACGCUACCUUUCUGCGCUUUGCUACGUCAGCUGAGGGGAAGAUUGAUUCGUUCUUACGGCACCCCUUGGACCAGGAUCCGUUGCUAGAGGUAUUCAUGGCCCCAGGUGUGGACGUUAAGUUUGACGAGACCCUCAAUUCCCUAGGCAUAAUAGCACAGAAGAACGCCAAGCCUGUUCUGGACUCUAUAAUGCGGUGGAGGCGAACACAGAACGACAACGUGGGAUCCGACAUCAUUCGGCCACAUCUGGCCCAGUCGACAGGCCCAAACCGGGCCUUCCGUGCUCAAGAUGUUCCUGGUCUCCUAAAUGAACGGAAAUCCCUCGCUUCGAUUUACAUCAUGUGCCGCGCACUCGUCGCGGUUCUGCAAUCGUUGUCAAAGGAUGCUCUUGGUGAUGCUAUGGGGCAUAGUCUCGAAGAUACGACCUUUGAACAGUUCCGGCAGCCGAAUCUGAAGCUUUUGACUACGUCCGCGAAUCAUCGAACGAAUGCGGAGUUGUAUGCGACUCUGCUAGGUCACCUGGCGAAUAUUCGAUUUGUGACCGUUACGGAUCGGUUCUUGGCAGAACUGGGUCCUGUGGCUUCUGGUCAGGUUUCAAAGGACCUUGAUAUGAAAUACGAGCAUCUAGUACAGGGUCUGAAACAUAUCAAAAUCAAGGUUUGGCCACCUGAGGCAUUUGAAGAGGGUGCUGAAUUUAUGGAGUCAUUAUCAAAGUCAUACGUCAAUGCCCACGGCUUGCGUUUGAAAAUAGCGUUUGCAGAAACGUUGAUCCUGCUGCUUCACCCUAUUGGAAAGACGGCACAAGCGGAGACAAACAAUCCACAAUGGGCAAAGGCAAUCGAAAUCAUCUUCCCGAAGGCCAAAGAAAUGAUGUCCAAGCCUCGGUAUUGGCAUGUUGCGUUUCCUCUUGCAAUCACCAGUCUCUGCAUGGCUCCUCAACAACAUUUUCUGAAACAUUGGCCAUCUUGUUUCGAGAGUUCGAUGUCAAAGUUGAAGGAUAGACCAUAUCGUGCCAUAGUGAUGAAUGGGAUUUUGCGUCUCAUUUGGACAUAUCUCUACCGCUGUCAAGAAUCCCCAUCUACGACCCUCACAAAGCUCGAGAAUGUGCUGAAGCAAUUCUUCCCUCCCAAUCGACUCACGAUUUAUCCUCCAGAUGAACACUUGGCACCCUUGGUUUACAUCAUCCAUUUUGUUCUUUCGCGACAUUUUGAGUUCGGGCGAGACUUUUGUCUUGAACUCAUGCAAGAGCCCACGAUUAGCUCUCUGCAGAAGUCUGGUAAUAUUGGGAGUGCAUUGGCGCCUGAGAGGACAUCCAUUGCAGUUAGGGCUAUUCUUCUUUCACUUCAUGUAUUGGAAAGCGAAGCCACCUCACCAUCAUGGCCAUCGAUCAGCGAUUUCUCUGUUCCCCCUACAAAGGAGGAUUAUCCGUCGUCAUCGGCGUAUCUUCCUGCCUCUCUACAGUCAAAGGCUGUGAUCAAGGAUUUUCUUGACCGUGUGGGCACGACACUAGCUUCGAUCGCCACAUUCUGUGGUAAUGCUGUGGGACACAUGUGUAUUUUUGACGACCAGUGGUCAUAUUCACGGCUCAAUGUCUCGUAUGAGGAAACGCAUAACUUUGUGGUUCGACGCCAAGUGGAUGGGGUUACUACAGCCUACCCAACACAUUCAUCACCUCAUGUCUCUCUGCUCCAAACAUGCUUUCAGUCUUGGCCUCGUUGCUUGCAUCCUUCAAUCGCCCUUGAAGACGCUAUCGACAUGCUGCUUCGAGGCGUCAUUCAUGUGGAGCCGACGUUGGCACAGGUGGCUGGAGCUGCUCUGAAGCGAUUCAUGGAAGAUCGUGGUCAUGCCAUGACCGUCGUAGAACGGUUCUCUGCAUUUCUCUUCAACCCGAAUCGUAUCGCCCACGAAGCAGCUGGCAUCAAGCUGUUCGUGGAGAGCUCGCAGCUACUUGCCGUCUGGGUUGCCAUAGUAGAAGAUUGGGUCCGGAACAUUGUCCUUCCCUCAUCUGGACUACUAGCAGAGGAGAAACAGACUAUCCUGACGAGAUGUGAUGAUAUUGAAACUGCCGCCUUGUUUCUGCUGUCCCACGAGUCGGCCACGAUUCAUGAAUCUGGAGUUAAAGUUGCUCGCCUUUUGGGACUCAUUCUUCCCCAUAGGUCAACGCUCCUCUCCUCCGAUGACUCGCACUUCUACUUUAUUGGACGUCUACAUGAGAAAGGAGAAAACAGUUCCUUCUUGUUCGGUUUCGAUGAACUUCUUAAUAAGGCGCAGUUAGUCCGUCUUGAGCAAUGGAGGGAGCUAAAACGUGAAAGCCUUCUGCUCCGGAUAGCGGAAGGCAAGAACGAACGAGAUCCAUUUCUUUGGCGUUAUAUCUUUCCUGCGUUCUUGCAAACAUGCAUGAACAAUCCGGGAUUUACGCUGGGCUUACUCCGCAAUAUCGUUGUCUCAGCAGCUUCUAGAUACCAUCCGACCAUUUCGCACCUUGCUGGUUUGAGCAGCAGAGUUCCAGCAGGGCUCACUCGUUCAACAUCGAAUAUGGAACGAGACGGAGUGAAACUCGUCAAGGACAACAAGCAUCUGGUCGACCAGUGGCAUCUAUGGGUCAAGAUCUUGUGUUCUACUGCUGCACUUCCUGACGCUUCACGUCCCGCCUUCACACCCCUUCACUCACGGGGUGCCUCGGAUGCAAAUUUCGAACGCGAGCGACUUUCAAGUACCCGUGGUUUAUUUAGAUACCUCACUCCCUUUCUCGACUCAGAAUACACACCAUUUCGUGAUGCUGCAGUGGUUUGCAUCAGUUCCUUUCCUUCUAACACAUAUCCCCAACUUCUGGAAGACCUUAGCCUUCUUGCAGGUCGCCAGUUUUACGAUGACCCAAGGAGCAAGCCUGGAUCAGGAUCCAGCGCGGACCAUGGCCCUGGCGGCAUGGCAGGUAGACAAUUGCAUGAAGGAUCAAAGUUGGGAGGCGGGCCUCUCCAAGUAGAGCGUAACCGUCGCCAAGAACGCCUUCAAUCGGCAGUUGCUCGCAUAUAUUGCCUCACUGCACAUUGUUUGCAGCAACAACGAUCUGCAGGAAGGCAAGCGGCUCUCGCAAACGUUCUCAAAUUUGUGCGCAAUACUCAGGCGUUCCUGAGCACCGCUGAAAUGCGGCAGAAUCAUACUUUACAACGACUGCGUCGUUACUUCUGUGGUACAGUUGAACGGCUUUUUGAUGGUCUGGCGACCUUGAAAGAUUCUGAUCGAUUUAUUCCACCCCACAUGCAUUUAUCUCUUUAUCGACUCUGUGAAGAGUGGUGUCAGGUUGGGUAUCAGUCAGACGCUGUCAAACGGCGAUUUAACCUCAUGCAAAGAGCUGUUUCCGAAUCCGCUGAGAGCCAGGACGAAGCUGCUGAACUGCAAGAACGGUUUAGACAUGAAGCGGUGCUGUUAUCCCACGCAGCAAUUGGGGCUCUGGCGUCAUUAUGUCAUAAGGCUUUCUUUCCUCCAGAUACUGCUUCUACAUCUCCCACUGAUCGCGAACCUUCCGAGUUCACUAAACCACUUACUCCUUUGGGUCUGUUGGAUCGUUUGAGUGCCAUUCUUGCUUCACCUCACCAGCCAAGUCAAGUUAGGGGAAGGAAAGCCUUAAAGUCCAUUCUAGCCCAAAGUGGUGCCGACAGUGAAUUUCUUCAAGAAGCGUUGGGAAGGGCUUCGAUAGUGACAGAAAAACUGGACACUAGCAAUGAGAGGGUCUUCGAGGUUAUCUGCGAUGUGGUCUGCGACGAAGCCCAUGACCUUUCCUUUUGUCAGGUUGUUUGCCUGGGGUUGACGAAUCUGCGACACCCUACAGUUCAGAUCCGCAUGCAGUCAUUUAAUAUCCUCGAAGCUAUUCACCAACAGUCAUCCGGUUUGUUGACAAUGUCAAACUUUGAAGCCACGGUGGGAAGCCUCGCAGCCGGCACUUACAUUCAUGCCCACCGGUUAAUCUCGGACUUCCUUGCCGGGGAACAUCCGGAGCAAGCGACCAUCAUGCUGGCGCAGCUUGGAAACUGGCUUCCUCAUUUGCCGGGCGAAGCUUAUGAUACCAAUGCAGUCCUGCUGCUGCUUCAGAGCCUAGAAUUUUGGAUUUCCAACAUCAACCUCAUGACCGAUGACAAGUCCCGCCUCUCACAGUCGGGUCUUACCUCCCUGUACCAUCUCAUGUCUUUGUCCUUGCGCUAUGGCACGACUCACUCAGAACAAAUUCUUGCACUGUGGACAAGGUUGGUGGAGCCCCCCAACCAAUCAAAUGGUCAUGCCUCAGUGAGAUUCCUCCUGGAGCAAUGUCACAAAGUUGGCAGUACCAUUUUCAUACGAUGUGCUGCAAACAUUGUUGCAUGUCUGUCUCAGACACCCAUAGGCCCUCAGGUCUUCGGAGAGUUGUGUUCUGUCAUCGAACCCGCUCGAAUGCUUCCUAUUUUUGAUCACAAGUUGAUCUUUCCUGAAGCCGAUGAUCUGGAACUCUGGGAGGAGCUUGAUGUCUUAUUUGCUGAGCAACCGCGUCUGACACUGGGGUCGGCACAAUUUGCUUGGCUUUUCCUCACAGACGUUGCAUUGCAGCGUUACUGGGAGAUGAAACCCGAGCUACCCACUCUCCUCCAUGUUCUACUUACGCACCUGGAUCACCGGAUACCGUUUUUGCGGGACCGGGCACGGGGUAUGCUAUUCCAGUUACUUCGCUGCUGGACACCAGGGUAUGAUGAGCUCCCCGAACGUUCAGCCACCCGAAGUCGCUCAGCAGUCAAAGCAGCACUAGCUAAGCUAGAAAAGGACGCCACAAGCCACUAUUGGAAGGAAGAGGAUUCUAGUGCUGAGGCUGAACCGAAAAUGAGGUGGAUCUGUCGACAGGUUAUUGGCUUCUUGGAACCUUUAGCUCCAAACCUGGUUGGUCAAUGGGGCUCCUUGGCCUUAAUUUGGGGGACAUCGUGCUCAAUCCGAGCUAUUGCUUUUCGAUCUCUUCAGACUUUUAGAGCACUUAUGCCUCGUGUCAAGAAGGCCGAUCUCGCUCUGCUGCUGGGUCGCCUUUCAAAUACUGUUGCUGCAUCAGACAAAAACAUCCAAUCUUUUACCUCCGAAAUUUUCUUGACCCUAAGUGCUAUUGCGAAUACGGAUGACCUUGAUAAAUCGCUUCUUCCUCAGCUAUUCUGGUGUGCAGCUGCUUGUUUGUCCACGACCGUUGAACGGGAAUUUACGCAGACUCUUUCUCUUCUCGAUAUCCUACUCCGGAAGGUUGAUUUACACGACGAGGGUGUUGUGGAUUUUUUGCUGUCUCAGCGCCCGAGUGACUGGAAAGGCUCGCCUUACCUUCAGCCAGCCUUACUGAAGGGAUUGCGGUCAUCGACCACCUCCGCCAUGACCAUGAACAUCUUGCGAACCCUUGCGAAAGUCCAUGACGAUCGCCUCGUUGACCCUUCUGAGGGACGUGUGCGGGAUUUGUACACAGCAGCCCUGCCUUGGUGUCUGUAUGCAAUGGACCAGCAAGACACUUCUCUGGGUGACUUUGCGGAGGACAUUGGCAUUCUUUCAGCCAAGGAGGGAAAGCAAAGCAUCCAAAAGAUAAUGAAUUCCUUUGCAAAAGGUCAUUUUAGGACACGGGAUGACUUUCUUCGCCAAUCGGUUUCCAGUCUUCGAGAGUAUUACGGCCUUCACAACUGGACCGAAAUCGUGACCUUGCUACUUGGACUUGUUCUGAACAAAGAAUCCUGGCUGAGAAUACAAGCGAUGCAAAUCUUGAAGGUGUUUUUCCAGCAAAGAGGAACACGCAACCCCAUGGGACUUCUUGAUUCAGAGCUUCUCAUGCCGCUCCUUCGCCUCCUCGAAACCGAUCUCGCCCCUCAGGCCCUUGACGUCUUGGAGGAACCUAUGGCAAUGUCCGGCGGCCCAGCUGCACGGCAUGUUUUACGCAUGAGUAUGCACGUUGGCAACCUUCCGUUGAAGCUCGACGCAGACUCGGUUACGACAGUAUUUGGGGUUCCUGAAGAGUCUGGAUGGUCCAUUGCUCAAGCUGACGUUCUUCAAGGGAAUUGCCGAGAUAAUAUGCUGGCAGUAUUCGAUACAUGCUCCAUGCCGUCAAGGCCGUCUCGUAUUGAAUUCGAACCAGAGGUUUCAGCGUUGGCUUCCGUAGAAACUCGCGUAACAGAGGAUCUUGGUGGCCUGGUCAAAAACCUACAUGACCUCAAUAACUACUUCCAAGCCGGCGAUUCAACCCAAGAUGGGAACCCUCUCCCUCUGCCAACCCGAAGACUAGAAGCUCGCAUUGCCGCCAUUCUCGCCAAAUCGACAGCCUCAGAUACUGUCAAUGACACCCCCCAAACGCCAUUCCUCGAUGUGUUCCGAAUAGGAGGAUCGGAAUACUUUGUAGACUCGGACGAAGAUUCCGACAGCGAUUCAGACGUCGAUGCAUUCAUUUUUGAUUCCCCAUACACCCAGAAAAGUACCCCAAACGGAGUUCGCCAUCAUUAG